AUGGCAACCGUGACUUUUACAGUCACCGAAUUCGACUUGUCCAACUGUCGCCCAAAGCCCAUAGCUGACAGAAUCAACGAUGUCCCGGGCCUCAAGACUAGCACUGCUUUCUUUUCCUUCCUCCGCGCGAACCUCGUCCAGACACCUUCGACCAUGUCAUCGGUGAACACACCCCUCGUCGAGCCGACGGACACGGCACCAGUGCCGCACAACCUGCGCCGCAGUGGCGCCGCAGCCGUUUCCCCGGCGGCGCUGGAUGACGACGACGCCAUCCCGCCGCUGUCCCUUGAGCUGCUUACGGAGCGCGUCGAUCGGGUCCAGGCCCUGAAGCUCGUAGCAGACAGCGUCGCCCAGCAGCGCCAGCGCGCCGCCUACUCGCUCAUUUUCCAUCCGCUGCCGCUCGCUCUUCUGGCCGCGGGUCUGGCACUUGCCUACAAGCAAGCCAGGCACGACCUUGGCACGCUCCUGGCUCUGUCGUCGGGCGUUGUCAUGACGUACCUUUUGGCCAUCCGGUACCUCACGGCGCCGUACAUCCGCCAUGCCGAGGAGAUGGGCUGGCCGUUCCUGUCCCGCCUGGGCGAUCCCGAGGCAGACGGUACGGACCUCGCCACGGAGGAUAUGGUGAUCGGCACAAAGUUUGGCGACGAGCUUAUCGGCGCGUUGGUCCUGCGCCUGGAGCAACCCAGCCGGCCCGGUUCGUCCGAGGGCGGCAGGCGGCGCAACCGCACACUGAGCCUCAAGGGUGGCAGGGGAGUCAUCCGCGCAUGGACCACCAAGCUGCGGUUCAGAUCCAAGGGCGUGGGCGGAGAUAUGCUUCACGAGGCUGUACGUCUCACGCGGGAGAGGUGCGGACGCGACGCCGAGGUCGGCUUUGCGCUGGAACAUGCCAACAGCCUGCGCGUCUUGCCCGACUUGUUCAACGGGCCGUUCAGGAGGGACGAGGUGAGGGCCGCCAAGGCUCUCAAGGCCGUGCUUGGAGAGUGGGAGGGUGGUCGGCGCAAGAGGUGA